AAUCAGAUUCAGAUACUUCAUACUUCUCUUUCCAUCUCUUCUUUCCAUCAAUCCUCAAAUUGGGAAGGAAAAGCAGAAGAGAGGGGCGUGAGUCAACUGAACAGCACAAAUUCAGUCGCACAACAUCACCAAAAACUCAAACCAAAUCUGAAACAAUGGGAGAAGAAGAUGGAAGUGUCGAUGCGCAGAAGAUGAAAAGAAUCGCAGCAGCUGCAUACGAAUAUGAGAAGGACCCAAAAUGGGCUGAUUAUUGGUCCAACAUUCUCAUCCCUCCUAAUAUGGCUUCUCGUUCUGAUGUCGUUGAUCACUUCAAGCGCAAAUUCUACCAGCGUUACAUCGACCCUGGUCUUAUUGUUGAGCCAAUGUCUUCAACUGGUUCCUCUCAGCCAGCAAGGCAAACAUCAUCUUCUUCGUCAACAUCAACGCCUACAAGUGAUCAAACAAGAUCUCGUAGCUCAGGUACUAGUACUAGAACCUCUGGAUCUGGAACAUCAACAACUCCCACUCCUGGUCCAGCUCCGACUGCAAUGCGCUGGGAUAAGCAGACCAUACAAUUUUCUGUGAAUGCUUGGGUGUUUGUGUUGGCUGUACUUUCAGUCUUUCCCCUCAUUCCUGCAAAUCUUUCAAACAGGGCUUAUCGCCUAUCUUUAUUGGGCACUGCGUGUUCGUCAUUAUAUUCCCUGUACUCACUAUAUGGGACCCCUAGAGCUUGGAAUAUGCAGGCUGUUCAAAUGUGGUUGCAGUCAAUACUUGCGACGAAGGAUUUUAUCUACUUUAUCUACUCCCUCAUGUUUGUCACAUCGAACAUUUGCCUCAGAUUUGCUUUGAUUCCUAUUCUCUGCCGAUCCCUAGAGCAUGUUGCCAAGUUUCUAAGGCGUAAUUUCAGUAGUUCUACCUUAUACAGAAAAUACUUGGAAGAGCUUUGUGUAUGGGUGGAAUCUAAUGCUACCACCCUCAGCAUUUUGUCCUCACAUGCUGAAGUUGGACUUGGUUUUCUUCUCAUCAUCUCCUUAUUCUCAUGGCAGCGCAACUUCAUCCAAAUUUUCAUGUAUUGGCAGCUGUUAAAGCUCAUGUAUCACGCCCCUGUUACUGCUGGUUAUCACCAAAGUGUAUGGACUAAGAUUGGAAGGAGCGUCUCCCCUGCCAUUCAUCGCUAUGCACCCUUCCUUAACACACCCCUUUCUGUCAUUCAGAGAUGGUGGCUCAGGUAGACGAGGUUACUCAGUGACCUCGUAUGUGUUCAACAUUUCAAAUGCUUCAAUUGUUUUGUUUUGGGGGGAUCUGUAACUAUAGUUUCUCUUUUUGUCGUAGUACGUACUACAAUAUCCAACCUGGAUCGACUGAUUUUAGAUAAUAUUUUUGGGAAAGUUUCAGUUUACUAGUCUUUGAUGAGAAUUUUAACAUACCAGAGGAUAAUCUUUGAGAUUUUUACUACACAAAUUGAUGUCAUUUGUUGGUUUCA